AGCGUGAAACUGCCCAGGGCGCCAAGAGCGCCGGGGCAGCUUUCGGCUGGCCGGCCUCUGGCCGGUUUGGCCGGCCGGAGCCAUGGAGGUGCUGCUGUUCGCGGACCAUGUCGAGGCACGGCAGAUGGGGGAGCACAUGCGCGAGCUGCGCUUCCCAGAGCCCUUCGCCAUGCAUAGCAUCAAGGUGAUCCGGCGAGGUGAGAAGGUGGGCUCCAACUUCGAGGGCCGCACCUACCCGGACAUUCGGAUGAUCGGGCUGGAGGUCUAUGUGGCGGACGUGAUGGCGCCCGGCUCCACGAUGCUGCCGUUGAAGGCCAGCUCCGUAGGGACCUACCAGGCGCCCCACAACUUGGUGUCCAACAGCGUGGUGCUGCGGGGGAAGUUUAUCAAGCUCUCUGUGGCCAUCUACGGCCAGGCCUUGGAAUCCGCCAGCAUCCCGCCCAUGCCGGUGGCGCCGCAUUUGAGGCCCACGGCCACUUUCGAGGAGAAGCUGGACAUGGCGGAGGAGGGUGGGCCAGACUUUACUGAGAACCUGGAGGACUUCGAGAGAUCCGAGGACUUCAAAGACUUCGAGUGCUCGCCUGCCACCUUCGCUCGCGCGCUGGGGCUGGGGGCGGUGCAAGAAGCCAACUCCCGGCUGGCCGACCACAACGCCUGGCUGGGCGGCCUGCAGCAGAGUGCCGAGGUGCUCGAGGCAGAGACGGUGGCCAGGCUGGAGGCCUUGUCGCAGGAUGUGGUUCUGCUGGCGCAGCGAGCCCCAGAAAACGCGGGCCACGUGCACCUGGGCCCAGAGCUCGCCAGGUCUUUGCUGUCCCUGGUGUCUCGGUGCCUGGAGCGCUUGGAGUUCAAGCCCCUGAAGGCAGCCCUCCAAGCCCUGACCACGUGCCUCAUCUCGGCCACGGCAGCGGCUCAGGUGCUGAAGGGCCGCAGCCUGGACGUGAUCAUCGCCAUCCUGAAAGAUGCGGAGUGGGGGCAGCAAAGCUUGAAGCUGGCCGCGCUGCAGGCCCUUCUGCAGCUGUGCUCACAUGUGGCGGGCAUGGAAGCAUUCCUGGGCUGGGCAGAUACAAGCACGCCGACAGCAUAUGAGGUGGUUCUCUCGCUGACCUUGGACGGGAUGCAGCCCAAAUUGGAGAUGGUGGCUUUGGCCUUGCUCCGCAGGGCGGCGCUUUAUGAAGCCCUGGCCCGGUGCGAUGACUACUGCUCCAAGCUGGAAGGGCUCGAGACAGAGGCGCCGCAGGAGAGACUUCACAGGCUUGCCGCUGAGGCGCUAGAGGAUACCGCCACGCACCUCGAAUCCCUCAGCCAACCUAUCAUGGUGCGAGACGUGCAGAGCUCCUGCGUGCUGCUCGGUGAUGAUAUCCUCAAUAGCCCCGGUGAUGAUUCCAGCCGGCUGCCAGCAAUCAUCUUCGGCGGAGGCGGGACUGGACCAGUGGCGAACGACCCUUUCUCACAGGGGCAAUGCCAUUUGCAUGGAUUUCUGGAGUCCUUUUUGACUGGGCGCCGCCUUCUUUCGGGCCUUUGCACGCUGAUGCGGAGGUUACCCCGCAUGCCGCCAGAGGAUCGGCUCAUGGUUUUCCGGCCCUUCCAGCGAUUAAUCUGCACGUUGCUCUCCUGCACGGGCGGUCCUCAGUUUUUGGCCGCGGAUAAUGCGACAAUCACUUCCUUGCUGAGCAUCCUGGAGGGCGGCCCGAACGGGAGCCUGCCAGCGGUGCCUCGCUUCCCGGCAGCUUUGGUUCGCGACGUGGGCGCGCCGCAGCUGGCUGCCCUGCUGGGUCUCCACAUGCGCGCGCUAAGGCUUUCGCUCCACUUGGUGGCAUCUACCAGGUCAAAGGGUCGUGGCGGCCUGUUGCCGGAAGAGCAUGCUUUCCCGGUCCUGGCUGCCCUGCACCGGCUUUGCAUGAAGGGGUCCGCCGGCCGCUGCGCGGUGGUCUAUGCCUUCAGGUCUAUUUUCUUCGCCGAGUGGCUCAUGCGGCAGAUCGAGGGCAGAUUGGAUGAGGCGCCCAAUGGCAGUGGCAGGCUCAGUCGGCCAGUCCCCCCCUCGCUUCGGCACCUGGUGGCCAUUCUGCACGCGCUGGUCCUGUCUGAUCCCUCGGGUGCGGCCGCUGAGAAGUUCGGUGCUCGCAUCCUGGCGUUGGCCCAGAAGGCCAUUCGGCUGCUGGAGCCUGGGGAGCUCCCAACCCAGGCUGCCAGCCUCCUGGAGUUUGCGCUGGACAGCGAGGGGGCAGAGGGCGGCCUGGGAAAGGCGGUGAGGAUGGGGCGCCACAGUGCGGACCUCGAGUGCCUGAAAAACCUCAAGGAGCUGGCUGCACAACUUCGGCCCUGGGAGGAUGACUCCAGCGGCAGCAUGGCCAGCAACGCCAAGCUGAUGGCCAGCCUGGUGUUGACCAAAGGCCCCAGGGCCUUGAAAAGAUCCGACGAGGAAAGAGGCAGCCGGAGGAUGAAGCUUGUGCUUGGAGGCCAUAGCGGCGCCUCAAAUGGAGUUGAGGUCCCGGAAGUGGACUUCAAGGCAGAGUCUGCGGCAGGGGAGGACCUGGCAGACGACCACGAACGCUACCCAAGUGAUGACCUGACGGAACUGCCCCUGCUGGCCACUCGUGUCAUUUGCCGUCGAGCAGCUGCUGGACCAAAGGAUGCCCUGGAGCUUGCUGUGCCGCAGGAGGCAGACGGCGCCUCAAAGGACGGGUUGGCUCACUUGGUCCCAUGGCUCAUUCGCUGCGCUGGCGCUUUGAGCCUGAAUCUGGAGGCGGCCAUCCUUCGUGAGGACAAGAAGCCCAUUGCCAGUAUCUAUGCCACCCGCCGCGCGCACCUGCAGUUGCUGGAAACAGCUCUCCAGACCUGUGCGCAUUUUCUGUGUGCCUUGCGGGAGGCUGGGCUUGCCCAGUACCGCCACACCGAGCUGUGCCAAACGGUCCUGCUCCUGGUGCAGCGUCUCACCUCUGGACUAUCCGGCUUGGCCCCACGAGGGUCUUUCAACAGCGAUCCAGAGUUCAGGCUGCUGUGGCGGCACUGCAUUGUGUGGGUCUGCCGCGUGUUCCGCCUUUGGUUCCAGGCAUUCCCACAAGCAGCCGGUGGUCAGCUUUUGCUACCCCUACUGCGGCAUGCACGGGUCUUGCCCUCGCAUUUUGCAGGGGACCUGCUGCUUUUGGCCACAUGCGGCACCUUGAAGCCUGUACUCCCUGCGGCCUACCACUUCAGCAUUCAAUUCACUCAGACACCCGCAGGGGAUGGGCUUCAUUCACAUGCCGUUUUGCUUCCCACCGGCACUCGCACUGGCAACCAUGGUGUGGUGACCUUGCGCCUGCAAAACAAUGGUCAAGGAGGAUAUGGGCAGUUCUGGGCCACCGACUCAGAGGUGCAAGACUGGGAAGAGGGCGCCGCCCUGCCGGAGGCGAGGGAUCCACUUGUCCGUGCCUUGGCGCAGGACAGGGAAAGUGGAGCAGCACAGGCGUUGGGCCUGGUGGAGCUUGUGAACUCGCGCCGGGAGCGGCUAUGCCUGGACGACAUCGGGGAGCUGCUGGCUGUGGUGUCGGAGAGUGCGCUCACCUCCGAUGCCCUGCUCCACAUGUGCACCGCCAAGGUCAUGGAGAAGCUCACCGCUGCUGGUCUGCCAGUUCUUCUGCUGAUCCGGCGCUUGUUUGAAGCCGCCCUGAACGGCGUGGUGAUGGAAACGGAGGAGGACAACGGCAACAUCAGCGGGGGCGCGGCACGGGACUCUAGAGAUGCCCGGGCGGUGUCGCGGCUCCUGCUUUUGUUGGCGCACUUCGGGGCCAUGAGCACUUCCGCCCGCCUGGCGCUGACGGAGCACUCAGUGGAAACCUUGUGCCAAUCGGUGUUGGCGCACUCCCCGGCCACCUCAUUGCCACCUAUGGCCUUCUCACAGGCCAUCCGCCUGCUGGGUCUCAUGUUCGCAUCUCCGUCCUCCCACUCCGUGCCCAAGUGCCGCAUGGUGGCGAAAGCGGUGAACCUCUUGAUCAACAAAGCGGAGUCGGCCAGUGCGUCCACCAUGGCCGCAUCCCUGGAGCUGCUGUCGGCACUCUGUGCUCCCCAGUGGCUGUGCCUGAACUUGCUCUUCAGCAGUUCGGCAGAGAAUGUGGAGGAGGAGACUGUGCAGGUGUCGGUGAGCAGCGCCUUCAAGCUGACCUGUCAGCAUCGCCUGGCCUCGGAGCUGGGCGCUACGGCCAUCUCAGCGGCCGAGGACGAGGAGGGCUUGGAGGAACUGGGCGCCUGGCUGCGUGCAGCAGAGCUCAUGGCCUCGCUGCAGCGGAUGGUGGCGGCCCAUUGCCCCAGCGCCACCGUCUUCUUCGAGGUGGUGCUGAGCGGCGGUUCCGCAAGCCGGCUCAUGGAAGAGAUCGAGCAGGCGCUGCAGAAGGUGCCCAGCCUGGCGAAUGGGAUGAUCCCGGAGCAAGUGGCCAGGAUAGAGCAGGAGAUCAAGGAUGCGCGCAGGGAGCUCCUAGCGAAACCCGCAGAUCCCCUGCCCUCUUCUUUGCCCACCAAGAUCUUUGUGCCGCCCCUUCGCGGCAAGAGUAUUUCAGAGGCGAAGGACGAGAGAUGUCGAGAUGCCAUGGAGGAGAGCGAGCGCGCAGUGGGGGAAGCCGUUGCGUUGCUGGAUGCGGCGGCUGACCUGGAGGCCAACUCUGAGUGGGCUGACGUGGUCGAAUUGGACUCUGCCGAGGCGCCAGGCGAGGACACCAAAAUGGAUUGGGAGUUCGAUGCCGCCGCGCUGAGGAAGCGGAGACAGGACUUCCUGGAGAAGUUUGAGUCAGACAGGAAGGCCAAACGCCUGAAGCAGCAGCAAGAGAAGCGAGAGGCUCAGGUUGCAGAGCGCGCCCCAGCCCCGGGUGCUGGGGCGACGCCUGCGGCGUCUGCGCCGCGGGAUGCGCCAAAAGAGAAGGAGGGUGAGAAGGUCACAAAAGCGAGCGCCUCUGGUUCAGCGAACCCUGCAGAAGGCUUGCAAGCUUUCCUGAAGGACCACCCAGAGUUCAUGCGGGUUCUACAAAACCCCAAGAAGUGUCUUGCGGAUCCGAGGGUAAAAUCAAUGUUUGUCGCGGAACUCCAGAACUAUCCGGCAGUGAAGACGUUUUUGGCAUCCAAAGGGCUGCAGCUGUCAUGACCGCUGCGUAUG